AUGAGCGACGAUGAUGAUAUCUCGAUUACGUCAACUGCACCCAGUGAGCAGGAGUCUGAGUAUGAAGUUGAAACUAUCUUGGCUGAGCUCGAAUUUGACGAUGGUAUCAAAUACUUGGUGAAGUGGGCCAAUUACCCUAUUGAAAGAUGCACAUGGGAACCGCCCGAAUCCUUUUGCAAUGAACAGACAUUGAUCGACUGGAAUAAGAAGAAAAACUCAAUUGCUGAAGGGAAGCGUCCGGCAUUCGAUCUUGUCAGUUUUGAAAAUCAUCUAGCUGCCCUUGAGAGGGCGAAACAUGACAGGAAGCAAAGGAGAGCCGCAAAGAGGAGACGCCUGGGUCUUGACGGAGCCCCGCAAAGUCAUCCUGCUGCGGAGAGUCCUUCGAGUAAUAACGUGCCUGACCCAAGAAUUCCUGGUGAUACUGGUUUCAAUGAUAUCGAAGUCGACAGAUCAAAGGCUUCAUCCGGACAAACUCCCCGAACGAACGCCAGCACAGGAAGUGCGCAACUACAAACUCAGCAACUUCCAAAAAGACCACCUCCACCUGUUUUAUUUGGAACUGCUCCGGCUCCCACGCGCCCGAAAAGGAUGAACAGUUCUGAGACGCCAAAGCUGUUCAAUUUGUCGACGAGAUGGAAGUACGAGAAGGCGAAAACUUAUGAGCCACCUCCUGAUGUGAACAAGCUGCAACUCAUUCGACCAUCUGACUGGCCAGCCAGGACUGGGCUCACCGCGACAAAGACAGGGCUGUACAGCGUCAACCGGCCUAGCACGGAGAAUGACGCCAAUACCGCAAGGCUCGGAUCUCAUAAGGUGGUUUCACCCACGCGGGAUGACUCAAGGUCGGCGAAGCUAGGUACUUAUGACGUUAGCUCGCCAAAUGAGAGUGACUUGAGUAGCGUAAAGGCUGGAUCGCACGACCUUAAUUCAUCGAAGCAAUCCAAUGCAAGUCUGGUGAACCUAGGCCUAUAUAAUGUGAGCUCUCCUAAGUCGGUUACUUGGGGGAGACUAGCCACGAAUAACGUCAACGGGUCACAUGGAAUCAGUGACAGUGCUUUGGAUCCACAAUCGCAAGAUGUUAGUUCGCCAAUGGACCUUGAUUCGGAUAAUGAGACUCAAGGCCAGAUUAGCCAAACUCGGGAGGAUUGGGCCCUGAGUUCACCGAAACGCGUACAGGAUGGGUCAUACAAGCCGAAUGACAGCAUCCCAGACACAUACAGACCAGCGUGCGGUGCGGAUACAUGGAUACCGGCCCGUCCACUGCAAGAUAGCUGGUGUGCAAGCCAUGACAGUGUGAAACCCGAUACCAUCCCCCCAAUCCAUCGCCAGGAACUCGAAGACUAUCCGAUACGCAAGCUUCCAACAAGGGAACCAAAACCGGGCGCCUACAUCGUCAAGAGCCAACAACAGUACUUCUGGAACCCGGGUGAGCUCCUUGUCUAUCUUUAUUACGGCCUUGAAAAGAAGGAAAUCGGUUCGGCCAGGCUAUGCGGUCUGAGUCCUGAGAGUCGAAGCAGGCUCAUGUCUACCAAAAGGGGCAGCCGAAUCAAUAUCUGGUUUCAACAUACGUGUAACCUGGAAGAGUAUAAUGUCCUAUGUGAGAACACGAGAAACAAUCAUAAGUACUCCGAUGCUUGGUUAGAAGGGUUCGAUGAUACAGAGCCGAGCAUCUACAGAAUUGGGGAAGAACUUCGUCGCAAUGAGCUUGUGGCCAUAUCAUAUCCAGCUCCAGACAGCAGAAUGUCGAACGUGUUACUUGCCUAUUCCCCGAAGUCGUCAGACUUUGCGUUUCUCAAUGCAGAUUCUGCCCAUUUUAGAACCUCUGAGGACGUUUUCCUAAAUGUCGCAGUCCGAAGCCAGUUGCGAGGGUUUGACACCAUCACUGCUCGGCGUGAAAGGAAACGGCUUCAUGCUGGGUCGCGCAAGCCAGUACCCUUCGCGCUCAUAAAUACCUCAGAUCCUCCAAGCAGAGCUACUCCCACCGGGGCUUUGGCUACUCGGCCACGUUCUGUGGGCGUUCCUGAUGUUUCUGCUCCGGAAGCCGCGAGACCUGUCAAUGACAUGUCCAACCAUCCCAUUCAUAUAUCGAGGGAUAGCGAUGUCUUGCUACCAAAAGCAUCUGCGGCGCCAGACGUGGCAAAACCGUCCGAUGCAGCAAAUCACUUAGGCUCAACAAACACAACUAGUGUAACCCCAGAAUUAUCAACUCAACACUCUGGCGCAGACAAUUUGCACGCGGCACCCCAAAACACUUUGCGAGAAUUAGAGCUUGUGAAUGUAGCUGUACAGGACCCCGCACAACAAACCGGCGAACUAUUAUCAACAUCGCAGGUUCCAUUGCCGAAACACAGAACUCCGCAAGCAGCAACCGAGACUUCACCUAUAACCUCUGAGGCUCGAACAGCGCCAGAGGCAGCCCCUGGGUUUCCUCGCCUCGGCAGGCACGACGCGAGUAUGGCUCAGUCUAUUGCAGGCAAUGUUAAAUCGCCGUCGCAGCCGUCUGAGAAUAUUCUUGAUCUGGAUGCGGUCUUCAAAGAACAAUUUGGUGUUACUUAUGAUCUCCUGGCGACUGUGAACGAUGCUGAGAAACCUACGAAAGCUCAAGUAUUUUAUUUGAUGUUUCCUGCCGGGUCCGAAGUAGUGCAGGAAGACUGCGCUGACUCAGUGAAGGCUCAUGAAAGCUUUAUGAAUUACCAUGCCCUCCCUUUCAUCAAGGACCUGAUCCAUCGAAAUGUCAGCUUCUGGAGCCUUUCUUUAAGAACGCCACUACAAUACGCUGACCACCCCACGUAUUUCCAACGCCUAUUCCCUCAUGGUGGUGUCAUCCUCAUCACAGAAGACUUCAUGCUUAGGGACCCAGAUGCCACACUCAUCAUCCUGGCGUGGUUAAAGGAUUGGAUAAAGCAGAAAUUUCCAGGGAGUUGGAAGAUCAUGUUCCGUCCAAAUAUCCUGGACUGGCUCCUGAAGCAAUCUGAAUCGAAGGAUCCAUUCAGGCAGGGAAUAUGGUUGAGCAUGUAUGCUCUAAUCCUUCAGUUGAACAGUCGUGUGGCAAGCACAGAACGGACAAGUGGAAAUAAUCUCAGCGGCGCCAGUGGUGAGCACAACGAAGAUCCUGUGAUUUCACUCGACGCCAUCCCACUCUAUGGGUCUCCCACCGAAGAUGAUGAUGCGGAUAUACAUAAAGGUCUCACGCAGGAGCAAAGGAAUGCGGACCACCUUGGAGAGUUCUUUGCCGGUUGGGCAAUAGUCAACAACCACAGGUUCAGGCGGUUCGUCAUGCUCACGGCAGUGAAACCUCUACCGAGAUGGGAAGCCUGGCAACAUAUUGAGAUCAGAUAUGGCGCAAAAGACUUUAUGAAGACCUUCAAGGUGGAAUACAAGACGUACUGGGACAAAGUGAAGCCUAGGCUAGGGAAACCAGGUCUGUCAUCGGAGGCGAAGUCCCAGAACCACAACCCUGCCUAUACUCCGCGGACACCUGGAGCGAAUGGUCCUUCAGCCGAUGGGUUGGAUGUUUCGAGGGCUGGCGAGUUUUCUCACGGUCCUUCGAGGCUGAAAUACCCUCAACCAUACCAAUGA